AUGUUCAAGCUAUUUCAUAAACCUCGAAUACCUUCAACAUCGUUUUCUAAACGGUUUUACACUGUUUUAGGAAUAGAGACUAGGUAGGCAUUCCUAAAAUUUUUAAUACUAUGUUUAGUUGUGAUGAUACCUGUGCCGCUAUAGUAGACAGUGAAAGAGGAAUAUUAGCAGCCAGGCGAGAUCAGAAUUGGACAUCUCAACUGAAGAUCGGCGGAAUUUCACCAUUUUUGGCUGCCCAACAUCACAGAAAGAUGAUUGACUUUCAAGUACACACGGUUAUCAACAAAGCUGGGAUCAGGUAUAAGGAUUUGGAUGGAGUAGCAGUAUCAACUGAACCUGGUCUUGUCAUUUGCCUAAAAGUUGGAGUGGACAAAGCAUUGGCUGUUUGUAGGUACAAUUUUUUUUAACGUGUAAUUUACAAACAAAAUCGCUAAAAGUUCUUGAAGAAUCGUAAUAUAAAUGUCAUCCAUUGUUUUCAGAGAUCAUAGUCUUUCGUUUAUACCUGUCCACCACAUGAAAGCUCAUGCUUUAAGCGCUCGUUUCAACAAUGAUAUCGAGUUUCCAUUCGUAGCUUUGUUGAUUUCUGGAGGACAUUCUAUAAUAGCUUUGGUGAACGAUCCAGAGAAUUUCCAGAUUAUUGGCCAAGCUAUAUCAUCUUCUAGUCCUGGGGAGGCUAUUGAUAAAGUUGCCAGAAUUUUAGGACUACCAGCUACACCACAUUACGGAGCUCAAGUAGAAAAAUUGGCCGAGAAGUAAGUAAGGAGAUUACUUAGCCAUUGUAUUUUAGGUCAGAUAAAGUCAUAAGGUAUGUCACAAGGUUGCCACAUACGAGUGGAGCAGACAUGGAUUUUGUUACCUUAAGGGAAUUGUUUUUGACGGCAUUAAGGAGAGAAAAAGAUUUGGAAAUCAAUGAUUUUUGCCGUAACUUACAAGUGAGUUAAGUUUUUUAAAGUUGACAGGUAUAGGUUUUUUUAUGUACUAAAUUCAACAUUAAUAAUGAGAUGUUGUAGCACAUGGUUACAUCUCACCUAUGCCAAAAGCUAGACGUUGCCUUAUCAUUUAUCAAUUCCAAAUCGCUAGUUACUCACAAGAACAAGUCGUUGGUAGUGGCGGGUGGAGUAUCAGCAAACAAGUACAUUAGAGACUGUGUAGCCAAUGUGGCUUCCCAUUACGGAUACAGAAUUAAAGUGCCAUUGCCACAAAUGAUAACCGACAACGCUGAGAUGAUUGCAUGGACGGGUAUUGAACUUCUUAAUAAAAGGUAG